CGAGAGAUGUCUUUUCAAAAUAUUAUAAUCCAUUUAUGACUGGAACCUAUCCUAACUAGUUCACUUGCUACUUUAGUUUCAAAAUGUGCGGGCGAUAUGCUCUGGGGGUGCGCAUGGCCUUCGUUCAGCAGCGUAUGCGGGAACAGGGAAUGCCAGUAGAUGAAGCUCCUGAAGAUGACGAAGUAAGAGAGACGUACAACUUUGCGCCGGGCAACAUGGGCGCAGUCUAUCGAGCCGACGACGGUCCUUACCGCGGCCACGGCGACCCGGAAGAACAAGAUGGUACGGACAACCCAGAGCAGCAAUCACUGGCGCGCGCAGAUCCGCUUCAUAAGAAGGAGCCCACAUAUAAGCUUCAAAGUAUGAAAUGGGGACUCAUUCCGUUCUGGACCAAGCGCCAGCCGGACUAUGGUUCUUUGAUGCGAACUAUCAACUGUCGCGAUGACUCUUUGAUCGAUGACAAGGGAAUGUGGACAUCUAUGAAACGGAAGAAGCGAUGCGUUGUGGUCUGCCAGGGGUUCUAUGAAUGGUUGAAAAAGGGACCAGGAGGGAAGGAGAAAGUCCCGCAUUAUACCAAGCGCAAGGAUGGUGACUUGAUGUAUUUUGCAGGGCUUUGGGAUAGUGUUUCCUAUCAAGAAUCUGAAGAGAAGCUCUAUACAUACACCAUUAUCACGACAUCGUCAAAUCCUUACUUGAAAUUCCUUCAUGAUCGAAUGCCAGUGAUACUAGAGCCUGGAAGCGACGCAAUGAAGACAUGGUUGGAUCCCAACAAAACUACAUGGUCAAAGGAACUACAAUCUAUACUCAAGCCAUAUGAGGGUGAACUGGAAUGCUAUGCUGUUCCCAAAGAAGUCGGAAAGGUAGGGAACAACUCGCCCGAUUUCAUAGUUCCGGUAAGCAGCAAGGAGAAUAAGAGCAAUAUCGCGAAUUUCUUUGCAAAUGCGAAGAAAAAGAAAGGCGAGCCGCAAAUCAAGACAGAAAAUGAAGAUACCAAAGCACCUGAAAACGAUCCUAGUUUGCUCGAGCAGAAAAUCAUGAAGGACAAAGAUAAACAACGUACCACACAGGAUGAUGAGUGGAGCGAGGACAAUGCUCCGGUGCCUGUACCGGGUGUCAAGAGAGAACGCCCUCUAGAAGACCCUGGUGAUAUUAGCGGCGAGGAUAUCAAGAAACAGAAGAUUUACACGGCUGCUACACCUUCACCAAAGGCGCAUAAGCUAGCAACGGCACCCAAGUCUUCGGAAAUCUCUACAGGAAGGAAGACACGGAGUGCCACCCAUAACAUCACACCCUCAAAGAAGGCAAUCGAAAAGAAAUCGACUGAUGGAUCUCAACGGAUCACGAAUUUCUUCAGGAAAUAAUAAUAUGUAGUCACGUUCCCGCGAAGGUUUGAGAUCUGUUUGAGUUCUCAACGGGCUGAGCCCAGGAGGCCAACUGUUCUUAUUCUUUGAAAGGAGAUUUCGACUGUCCAGCAGCUCUAACAUAGUAUUCAAUCCAAAAAAAGUGUUGUUACAUGGCAUUUAGGGGUGUUCUCUACUGAGAUCCCUGUUCACGCAACUUUUGAACCAACUUUUCUCUGAGAAAGGGACUUAAACCGAGACUAGAUUUCGAUGUUAGCGCCAUAGCUAAAAGAAAAGAAAAAGAAAAGAA